GCUCUAUAAAGCAAAAGCGAAAAGGGAGAAACGCUAUAACAGCACAUCGACACCAAUAUCACAAACUCACUUCUUAAGUUAACAAAUUAACAAGCUUUUCCUGUUCAGUUCAUGACCAAUACCACAAAUCCUCAAUUCCUUUCUUUGUUUUGUUGAUGAAGAAGCCACCCCAAAUGCUUAUAAUUUAAUCUCGUUUGCUCAAUUUUUAAUCUGGGAAUUUUGACAUCAAAUAUAAGCUACUUGGGUUUUCAAAAUUUGUUUUACAAGUUAACUAUCAAUUCAACAAGAGACCAAGAUUUUUGACAUAUCAAUUCUGUUUUCAAUUUCAGCAUUUCCAAGUUGUGUAACCAUUCAUCUUAGUUCUAAGGUACACUAUUACCUACUUUGGUCCACAGCAUAAAGUGUAUCACUAAUUUGUUAUCCUUCAAGUGACUUUCUUUGUUAAAAUCAAAAUGGGCCUAUCAAGUCUUCCAGCACCAUCUGAAGGAAUGUUAUGCAUAAUUCUUGUUAACACUGCCAUGUCAAUAUCCAUAUUCAAAGGCAUUAUUAGGACUAUCCUGCACAUUGUUGGUAUCAUUGCUUCACCAUCAUCAUCAUCUUCAACUUCCUCUCCUUCACAAGAUUAUACCUCACAAAACUCACAUGACUCAUUUGAAUUCCAUCUAAGUCCUUCAGAUGAUUUCAUUGAAGAGUUCAGAAACAGGACACCAACACUUAGGUUUGACAGUGUUCGUAGUAGCUGCAAAGAACCUGAACAUGAUUGUUCAGUUUGUCUCACACAAUUUGAACCUGAAUCAGAGAUAAAUUGUUUGUCUUGUGGCCAUCUUUUUCAUAAAGUGUGCUUGGAGAAGUGGUUGGACUAUUGGAACAUUACAUGUCCACUUUGUAGGACUCCUUUAGUUCCUGAAGAUGAUGCUUUUUGCUUUUGGUGAGAGCAAUGAAUAAAGCAUGCACAAAACAAAUCAAAUAUAGAGCUUCAUGUACAGUUUAGUGUGUAAAUGUUUAUGACAAUUUUGAUAUUCCCAUGGAUUUGACUUCUUCUUAGCACUUUGCCUUUUAUAAUGUAAAGUUAGUGGAGUGUGGAGGAUUUUGUUUUCUUUGUUUUUUUUCUCUGUAUCUGAUGUUGCCACAUAUGAGAUCAGGUAUAUAGUUUUUGUUUGUCCAUAAUGCCCUCCUUGUUGUCGGAUAUUAUCCCUAUCCCCAUCCAUUUGAUAAGUCUUUUUGUCAUUUACAUAUAUAUUAAGAAAAAUAGGUAUUGUAUUGUUGUGUA